AUGCGUGUGGGUGACCUUUCUGUUGGAAACGUUCAUUGUGAGCCUGGCAUCUGUAUACUUGUAGGCGCCGACUAUUACUGGCGGACCGUUACUGGCGAGAUACAGCACAUCAGCGAGGACCUGGUAGCGGCAAACACUGUUUUUGGAUGGACAGUACAGGGCCCAUCGUCUUCAAGUUCAACUACAAUAUGUACGAACGUAGGAGUCAUGCGGGUAAACGUCGAGUCUCAAGAAACGGAAUUGUGCAAUGAAUUACGGAAAUUUUGGGACUUGGAACAUAUCGGGAUUCAGACGGACAGUAACCCGACGCAUCAGGACGCCGUGUUCAAGUCGACCAUGAAGAACGUGAGCGGCAGAUAUCAGGUCGCACUGCCGUGGAAGACUGUGCACCCGUAUUUACCGUCAAACGAAGAAGUAGCAAGGAAGAGGCUCUUUUCUUUAACGAAACAAAUUACCAAGAAUGAACACAUGGCUGCCGAGUAUGACAAGGCGAUCAAACAGUAUUUAGAUGAUGGUCAUGCAGAAAAGGUUCUUCUCCCUCAUGAAGUGGAUGGGCCAACAUAUUACAUGCCCCACCAUGCCGUUGUCAAGCACGAAAGGGAAACCACCAAAAUGCGCAUCGUUUUCGAUGCCUCUUCCAGUGCUCCCGGUUGUCCCUCGUUGAACGACGUUUUGGAUUCUGGACCAAACCUUAAUCCUGACUUGCUGGCAGUACUAAUGAGGUUCCGAAAACAACGGAUUGGAGUCGUUGCUGACAUUGAGAAGGCUUUUCUCCAGAUUUCCUUGAACAAGACUGAUCGUGACGCCUUUCGGUUUUUUUGGUAUGCUGCGACGCCGAAACGUGAUGUCACCGAACGAGAAAUUGAGGUCUGGAGGAUGACCCGUGUCCCAUUUGGAGCCUCAUCCAGUCCCUUCAUUAUGGCUGCUACGCUUCGUUGUCAUUUUGAGAGUACUUCUUCGGCAGAUCCAUCUCUGAAGUCCCUGUGUGAGACGUUGAACGAGAGUUUCUACGUCGACGAUUUGGUGACGAGCGUUGCCACACGGAAUGAAGGGGAGCGGUUUUCCAGAGAUGCUAACGAGGUCGUCAGGACAGCUGGAAUGAAGCUACGAAAGUGGACGACGAACUCGCCGGAUCUACAGAGUGAGUUCAGGAGAAGCAGCGAACAAGACGCGGAGGCUAAUUCUCAUUACAAGUCAAAAAAGGUUUUAGGACUCAGCUGGAACACCGCAACGGACACACUUCUGCUUUCCAUGGACUCUCUUGUGAAAUUCAUCACCUACAAGACGGACACCAAGCGCUGCCUGCUGCAAGCAACCGCAAGAAUUUUUGAUCCUUUGGGGUUCCUUGCACCAUACACUAUCAAGGCGAAGAUUCUUUUCCAACGAGUAUGGGAGCAAGGACUCGGAUGGGAUGAUCUACUGCCAGAUGAUCUCCUGUCUGAAUGGCUGCGGUGGACGAAAGGGAUCCCGGACGUUGCUCAAAUAGCCGUACCCAGAGCACUUAUAACCGAGGGACCAACAGCGAAGCACUCUGUGCAUUGCUUUUGUGACGCUAGUAUUCAAGCAUACGGCGCCGUUGUGUACCUGAGGACGGAAACGGAUGCCGGCACUUUCAACGUGAAGAUUAUAGCUGCUAAGGCUAGAGUAGCCCCGCUGAAGCGCGUUACGUUGCCACGUUUGGAGCUCCUUGCAGCGCUGAUCGGAGCGCGGCUAACUCACUACAUUGUCGGUGCACUCCACGUUGAACGCUUCCCUGCGAUAUUUUGGAGCGAUUCGAGUGUAGCGCUCUGCUGGAUCAAGGCCAAUGCAAGUCGAUGGAAACCCUUCGUUGCAAACAGAGUAGUAGAAAUACAAGGCCUUUGCGAUCCCUCUACAUGGCACUACUGUCCAGGGGAACAAAAUCCUGCCGACCUAGUCACGCGAGGUGUUUUACCCAGGCAACUGCAAAACAAUGAAUUUUGGUGGACUGGACCAAAAUGGUUGUCAUCCAUUGACAUGGUCGGCUCGGUACCAGAGCCCAGAGCUCCUGCCCAGUAA